AUGGAUUUUCAUCAUAAAAAUAAUGAUCGAAAUAAUAAACAUUUGAAUGAUAAAUCAAAUUAUGAUCGAAAUGAAAAGUAUAAUGAUAGAAAUAAUGAUCGUAAUAAUGAAAGAAAUAAUGAAAGAAAUAAUGAAAGAAAUAAUGAUAGAUAUGAUAAUAAAAAUGAUAGAAAAAGAAAGGAUCGUCAUUAAAAGAGAAAAAAUAGAAAAUAUUCAUCAUCAAGCAUAUCUAGACCAUCAUCUUCAGUAUCGGUUUCUGUUUCAUAAUCAGAAUCAUCAUCAAGUUCUGAAAAAAUACCUCGUUAUAGGCCUAAAAAUCAUGAUAAUAUGGUAUUAUUGUUGGAAAAUUUACCAGAAGAUUUAACAAAGUAAUAAUUAGAUAGUGCUUUUAAUGAAGCAGCAAUGGAAGCAAAUGUAAUUCCUCAUGAAGAAAUAUCUAUCAUAAAUGCAUUUGGGUAAGCUUACAUAAAAUAUUGCACUGUUGAUUAUGCAAGAAAGGUUUUAAUAAAUUUAAAAGGUAAAAUAUAAAUAGGAGAACAUUCUCUUAAUGUAGAUUUUUAUGAUGAUACUAGUGGUAGAUUGAGAAGAGUAAUGAAUAUAAUAAUAAUAAUUAGAAUAGACAUGAAUUAAAAAAUAGUUUAAUUAAUUAGCCUCCUACAAGUUAUGAUUGGAUAUGUGAUAAAUGUGGAUAUGAGAAUUUUGCAAAAAGACAUAAAUGCAAUAAAUGUUUAAAUCCAAGGAAUAUUAAUUGUAAAAUAUUGAGCGUUAUGAUGGCUCCUCCUACUGGAUUUACAGAUGAUUCUAUAUGUAAUACUAGUCUAAUGAUAAAAGCAAAAGUAUUUAUUUUUCUUUAUUAAAUAAAGUCUAUUGCUGAUGCCACAGAUAGUGAUAUAUUAGAUAUAUUUGCACCUCUUGCUGCUGUUAAAGAUAUAAGAUUAGUCAAAAAUAAAGUACCUAAAGAUCCUAGAAUGAAAGAAUAAAAGGAUUUUGCUUUUGUUGAAUUCUUUAGUGUUGAAGAUGCAGAAAAUGUUUAUAGAUAUGUAACUUAGAAUGAAGUCAGACUUCAUGGUGAUUAAUUAAUUAUCUAAUAUUCAAGAAAUAAUAGAGCUUCACGAUAUGAAGAUCAUUCAAAGCCAUUUGGGUAAUCUAUAAGGCUAAAUUUAGAUUUUAUCCAAAUAACUAAUUUGUGAUGUAACCUUAAGGACCUAUACAACAAUAGAUUCCUUCAUAAAUAUCAUCUUAACUUCCCUCUUAAGUUAAUCCAUAAUAGUAAACAUAAUAACCAUAAGAUAUUAUCUAAUAAUAAUAGCCAUAAAUGCAAAUUCCAUUGCCAAUACAAAUACCUAUGCCUCAUUAACUUCCUUAAAUUCCAACUAUUUAACAUACAUAAUCAUCACAAACAUAAGCUAUUCCUUAGAUACCAAUUCAAAUGCCAGAAGUUUCUAUUGUUUAACCAAUAGUUUAAGCACCAUAUUAAACUGCUUAAUUAGCUUAAGAAAGAAUCAUACUUAAAUAAGAAUAGAAACUUACUUUAUCUACUCCACCUAUGAAUUUAAUGUCACAACUUCCAUAAAAAAUAUAUACUCCCAAACUUUCAUCAUAAUCAUAACCAAAUCAAUAAUAAUCUUAAUAAUAAAAAAAAUAAUAAAAAAUAGAGGAAACAGCAGAAGAAGAAGUUAAAUCUGAUAAAGAAGAUGAUUAACCACCUCCUAUUCCUAAUAAAUCUAUAAAUAAAGUACAACCUUAAUUAACUGAAGCAUAAAUUAGAAAAAAAGCAGAAUUAGAAUUAAAAAAAUGGGAAAAAUUAUAAUAAAUUAAAAAACCAGAAGUUAAAGUAACCCCUUCAAAACCUAUUAUUAAUUAAGUUGAGGCUUAAACUAGAUUGAUAUUAUAUAUUUGUCCUAUCUGUAGAAGAAAAUUUCCAAAUGAAGAAGUUAUGAAUUAUCACUCUCUUAAUUCUGAGAUGCAUAAGUAAAAAUUAUUAUAGAUGUGA